AUGUGGCAGGAGCCUCGUACCCAGAGCCGGCAAAGGGACCCCCCCCCCUCGGAACUGUCGUCUGAGCCCCCCUCCCGUGGGGGGCCUGCCCUGGGGAGCCGCUUGCGCUCCCCUUCCACCGUGUUGCACUCGAUCCUCUGGGCCGGCCUGUUGGGGCUCAUCCCCCUCUAUGACCGGGGCUCCACGUUCAACGUGCUUGUGGGGAAGGGGCAGCUGAUCGCAGGCAUGGACAAGGCGCUGGUGGGCAUGUGUGUGAACGAGAGGAGGUUCGUGAAGAUCCCCCCCCAGCUCGCCUACGGGGAGGAAGGAGUGCCCGACGUCGUCCCCCCCAAUGCUGUGCUGCACUUCGACGUCCUCCUGAUGGAUCUGUGGAACUCCGAAGACCAGGUGCAGGUUCACACGUACUUCAGGCCCCCGACGUGCUCGCGCACCGUCCAGGUGUCGGACUUCGUGAGGUACCACUACAACGGCACCUUCCUGGACGGCACCCUGUUCGACUCCAGCCACAAUCGCAUGAAGACGUACGACACCUACGUGGGCAUCGGCUGGCUGAUCCCCGGGAUGGACAGGGGCCUCCUGGGCAUGUGCGUGGGAGAGAAGCGCCUCAUCACCAUCCCGCCUUUCCUGGCCUACGGGGAGGACGGCGACGGUAAAGACAUUCCCGGCCAGGCGUCUCUGGUCUUCGACGUGGCCUUGUUGGAUCUCCAUAAUCCCAAAGAUGGCAUCGCGGUGGAGCUCGUCUUUGUGCCCCCAGACUGCGAGCGGCAGAGCCGGCCCGGGGACUUCCUCCGCUACCACUACAACGCCUCCCUGCUGGACGGCACCGUGUUUGACUCCAGCUAUUCGCGGAACCGCACGUUCGACACCUACGUCGGGCAGGGCUACGUGAUCGCCGGCAUGGACGAAGGUUUGCUUGGCGUUUGCGUUGGGGAGAGACGCCGGAUCACCGUCCCGCCUCACCUGGGCUACGGGGAAGAGGGCCGGGGGAACAUCCCUGGCUCGGCCGUCCUGGUGUUCGACGUGCACAUCAUCGACUUCCACAACCCCUCGGACUCGGUCAACAUCACGUCCCGCUACAGACCCACCAACUGCUCGGUCCUGAGCAAGAAGGGGGACUACCUCAAGUACCACUACAACGCCUCCCUGCUGGACGGCACCAGGCUGGACUCCACACUGAAUUUGGGCAAAACCUACAAUAUCGUUCUGGGAUCUGGCCAGGUCGUGCUGGGGAUGGACAUGGGCCUCCGAGACAUGUGCGUGGGAGAGAAGCGAACGGUCGUGAUCCCGCCCCACCUGGGCUACGGGGAGGCCGGCGUGGCUGGAGAGGUGCCGGGCAGCGCCGUGCUGGUGUUUGACAUCGAGCUCCUCGACCUGGUGUCUGGCCUGCCUGAAGGCUACAUGUUUGUCUGGAACGAUGAAGUGUCCCCCAACCUCUUUGAAGAGAUCGACAGGAAUGGGGACGGGGAGGUUCUUCUGGAGGAGUUCUCAGAAUACAUCCAUGCCCAGGUGGCGACUGGCAAGGGGAAGCUGGCGCCCGGUUUUGAUGCUGAAAUGAUCGUAAAGAACAUGUUCACCAACCAGGAUCGCAACGGAGACGGCAAAGUCACGGCAGAAGAAUUCAAGCUCAAAGACCAAGAGACGAGACACGAUGAACUGUGAAGGCUCAAAGGGGCUGUCGGCUGGGCCUGCCUUUGGGGAGGGGGCACGGGCAGGGGCAGGCUGCCCCCUGGAGCCCUGCCACAUCAGGCCUGCUUCAGCUUCUGGUCUCCAAGUCCCCAUUUCUGUCUGCUUAGUCUGCCACCCCAGGGCCCGAGGCCUGGCCUUCCUGCCUCCUAUUUCAGCAGUCCCCGAGGACCCUGAGGCCUGGCCUCCCCAGUGUCUGCUGUCCAUUUAAGCAGCCUCCAGGGCUCCUGGCUGUGCAAAAAGAGCCCAUUUCACAGACCGCCCCAACGUUCUGCCAAAUUUCCCUCGCAUGAGAAGGGGCCAAAAGGCCUCCGACCCAUCCAGAGAGGCCUGGGCCAGGCUGGGGGGCUCCUCUGCUGGAUCUCUGGGCUUUGCCCUCCCUAUGCCAUGGUCCUCUCAGAUGGUCAGGCCCGGGAAGCCAACAGGCCCCUUCUCAGAGCAGGCCACAAAGUCCAGCAGAUGGACCAUGCAGGGAGCUGCUUAGUUAUCAGAAUUCGGCGUCCCACCGGCUCCAUGCUUGCUCAGGAGUGACAGGGCCUUUGUUAAAACCCGUCUGUCCACUAGGAAGCCCCUGGGCCCACACUGGCGCUGCCCCAUGGCACUGCCCCCGUGCUGGCACUGCUCCCACACUGGCGCUGCCCCAUGGCACUGCCCCCGUGCUGGUAUUGCCCCACUGGCACUGCCCCACUGGCCCUUUCUCCUUUUUAAUGAGUGUGAAUGCUCUCACCUUUCUGCCAGCUCCCUCCAUCCACGUAGGCUGCCCGCGGGUGCCCCGACUCCUGCCUCCUCGGAGCCCAGGACCCGGGUUCUCCUCCUGCGUCCUCCAUCGUGCCGCCUGUGACUGUGUGGAGAUAUUUUGUGUGAGCAUGCCGGGCGCUGCCCAGCGGGCUGAUAAUGGGAUUUUUGUUACAUAAAAUAGUGAACAAAGG